AUGUCGACAACGGUGGACAUUGAUCCCACGUUACUGCAGGAGCUGCGCACCUUCCGACUGAAGAAGAGCAGCUCUAAAACGGCAGCUGCCGUUGUUAAGAUCGACAAGAAAAAGCUACUGAUGGUAAUGGACGAGAUAUACGAUUCCACCACGCUCGAUGAGCUCGUCGAGGAGCUGCCAGAGCACUCGCCGCGGUUUAUCGUGCUCAGCUACGAACUGCACCAUGAGCAUGGACGGAUAUCCUAUCCAUUGGUUCUCAUCAACUGGGCCCCUGCAUCUUCCAGUAUCGAGCUUGCUACACUGUAUGCAUCGGCUUUACAAAACUUUAGCGUACACGCGGACGUUGGAAAGGUGAUCGAUAUCCGUGAUGGCGAGCUCUCCGACACCAUCCUUCGCGAGCGGCUCGGUGUGCGCUAA